AUGAUAGCCCAUCUCCAUGGCCUCUCAUCCGCCCCUGAGAGCAAAACAAUAUCUCUCAAUACUUAUCCUCCUUCAAUGUUUAACAGCAGUCCUGUGCAUGACCCCUUCCCGAAAACUCGCGCUCCGGGAAGAGGCUCGCGUGAGCUUCCGCCACGGGUGGGAAAACUACAUGAUGCGGGCCUUUCCUCAAGAUGAGGCUGCCCCUGUCGUGCGCUCCUCAUUACCGCGACCGGGAUAACCCGAACAACAUCGGCCGUAACGACGCAAUGGGGGAGUUCUCCCUCACCGCUAUCGACACGCUUAGCUCUCUUGCCCUGAUGUCGGAUAGUAGUGAUCUUGAUGCGGAGAGGUUUUGGGAAACGGUUGGGGAGGUGGUGAGGAUUUAUUGGUACAAUGAGCCGAAGGAGUGCGAUAUGGUUAUCGAGAAUUGUGGCGAGAAGACCAGUUCUUGGGGCAGGUUCCAUAAUAGGAGUCGGGAGUCUCGGGGGUUUGAUAUUGAUGCUAAGGUUCAGGUGUUUGAAACAACCAUCAGAAUUUUGGGAGGAUUACUGUCCGCUCACCUUUUCGCUACCCGGUCGUUGGCUUCAUUACCUGUUGGUGUACAGCCAAAGUAUGAGUAUAAAGAUGAGCUUCUAGAUUUAGCCUAUGAUUUGGGCCUUCGGCUACUCCCCGCUCUUACGGAAUCUCCCACCGGCCUUCCUUACCCCCGGAUUAACCUUCGGUACGGGAGUGUGAAGGAAGCAGCUUCGGACGAGAUUACCGAGACUUGCACCGCCGGCGCCGGUUCGUUGGUAUUGGAAUUUACAACCCUAUCGCAGCUAACCGGAGAUCUUCAGUUCCAAGAAGCAGCGAAAAGGGCGUUCGAGGCGGUUUGGAACCGACGAAGCGAUUUAGGAUUAUUUGGCGGUGGAGUGGACGCUGAAAGUGGACUCUGGAACGGACCUGUCGGAGGUGUGGGUGCCGGAAUGGACAGCUUUUUUGAAUACGCAUUCAAGGCUUUUGUCUUAUUCGCUGGAGACGAAUUCGGCGAGGAUUCGUGGUUUUGGAAAGUUUGGGAGCAAAGUAGUGAGGCUGUCAGGACGCAUAUGAGAAUGGAAAUCCCGACUAUGUGGUGGAGUAAUGUCCACCUCGGCACUGGUGCCCCUGUGCAGGGCGCAUCGUCGUGGACGGAUUCACUCAGCGCAUUUUGGCCAGGAUUAUUGGCUGCUAGUGGAGAGAUUGAGGAAGCCACUAGAGGAAAUAUGUUCUACUCUGCAUUGUGGAGUAGGUUUUCGGCAUUGCCGGAGAGAUGGAAUUUUAGGACUGGGUCGGUAGAAGGGGGUUUGGGUUGGUAUCCGGGACGACCGGAGUUCGCUGAGAGUACCUAUAUGCUAUACCGGGCUACGAAAGACCCUUGGUACUUGUAUGUUGGAGAAAUGAUUAUGAGGGAUCUUAAAAGGAGAUGCUGGGGAAAAUGCGGAUGGGCGGGGCUGCAGGAUGUAAAGACGGGCGAAAGGCAAGACAGGAUGGAGAGCUUUUGGCUAGGGGAGACGUGGACCUAUUUAUUCCUAUUAUUUGAUGAAGACCACCCACUUCACAAAGGAGACGAUCCAUGGGUAUUCACAACAGAGGGACACCCUAUAAUCCUCCCCAAGUCCAAGCACCGGAUUCGGUCGCCAGGAACCUAUCCUGCGCCACCAUUGUCCUGUCCCAAUCCAGCCCCAACAUCAAUCCCUUUCUUCUCCACCACAGCUUCUCGUCCCGAUGUUUUCCAUGCCUCGCACUUUACCAGGCUUCAUCUCCUCCCAAAGACUCCUCCGACAAAAUUAUCACCUCUGCAACCGUCGGAUCUCGACAUCUAUGCAGAAAACUCAUACUUUUGGUCGCCCUCCAAUUCAACCUUUUACCCCUGGACUCUCCCUCCGUAUCUUGUUUCCCCGGAUUCCAUCUGCUCACGCUUACCAGCCCUUGAUUCCUUCGAUCUCAUAUUUCCGCAACCUAAAGCACGACUCUCAUCCGCUUCUGGCUCCAGCGACAUUUUCGGCGCAACCACUGCCGGUAUAGUAAAACGAGUACAAGGCGGUAUCAGUAUUUCCGGUAGCAUGCGUGGGGUCCGUAUGGGGAUGACAAACGAACAUGGAAUCCUCCGCAUAACCAAUAUAGGCGGAACCUCCUUGGGCAAAAGCGAGAUUGUAUUUCUGGAGGACAAAGUGAUCGAUAAGAGUGGUGCGACGAUGGACCCCAACUUCCAAAUUGUGCUUGAUCACGAAUACGUGGACUUGCUCAUUCAGUAUGCGGACGACAUCCGUGCUGCCAAACGCGAAGAGGAGUUGAAGCAAGUGCCGAUCAUUCCAGAGACCAAGACGGCGCUUGGAGAAUUGCUCAGCAGGCUGGGGUUUACCAGCCUCGAGACUCAACUUAACGAUUUGCUUAGCUUAUACAAUGAUGACGACGACCGCGGUGACGAAGCAACCCCAACAAGCACGAGCUCUCCACGAUUACACGCUUUCGCCGGGAUCAUUCCUACAGGCAUAGGCGCAGUGGACAUUCCAACCACAACACCAGUAUUCACAAAUAUCUACACACUCAGAAACCCCGCCUGCACACCCAUCCAACCUAACGGCAUUCCGAAAACCGCACAGGUUCUCAUAGUUCCCCGUGGCACCUGCGCCUUCUCCCAAAAGCUCCAGCACGUACCGAGUUUUAUUCGUCUGGUGAUAUUCCUGGAUAAGAGCGCCUCGGCACCACAGGACCUCGUUCGGCCAUUGUUGGAUAAAGAGAACGAAUAUGGCACCGUAGCGGUUAUGGUGGCCGGUGGUGGCAAGGGGUGGGAGCGGGAGGUAGGGAGUCUGACGUUGAGGAGGAGGUGGAGUGUCUGGGUUAAGGAUAUCAGAGUGGGUAAUGUUGUAGUUUUGUAGAAUGGGAAUUGGUGUUUGGAGUUUUUGUAUUACUUUUUCCUUUAUUCCGCGAUCAAAUGGGGGUAGAUAGUCAUGUAUGAGGGUGGGUUCGUGUUAUUUGAUAGAAUGAUACCGUGGCAGUUUGUAUGUUAGUGGGGUAGCUUAUGUACUGUACGACAGGCUCACGUUAGGUUUCUCGAGUAACCUUUAAUGAUCCAAUCAAGAUUCG